AUGAACCAGAUGAACAUGCAAAGCAUGAACCCCAGUGUCGCUAUGCCCGGUAACGCCGUACCCGUCGGUGUCCCGGGCGUAGGCGUUCCUGGGGGAGGUAUGCCUAUGGGAGGCAUCCCAAUGAUGAACAGCGCAUCAGGCUCUGCCCCUCGAAGUGAGCCGAAUCAGAAUUUACAGGAUACUAUGGCUACCCAACUCAACACCUAUAUCUACGACUACUUCCUCAAACGCGGAUAUCAUGAUUGUGCGCGUGCGCUCGUGCAGGACGAGAGCGUCACCCUAAACACCACUACUGCGCCUCACAAAGGCACACCACACCGCAGAGAUGGAGAAGUCAACGGAGUCGAGUCCGAGGAAGGUAAAGAGGAUAUCAAGUCGCGCAUCCCCGACGAUUUGCCAAGACCAAACUUGGGUGAUUCGCAACAAACCAGUUUCUUAUUUGAUUGGUUCAAUAUCUUUUGGGAUGUCUUCUCCGCCCAGAGAAAGAAACCAAGGAGUAAUGACGCCAUGCAGUAUUUACAGCAUACUCAGAACAUGCUGCGAUUGCGAGACCAACAGCAAAAUCAACUCAUUCGCCAGGGGCAGCUAAUGCCUAACCAGUUUGCUGCCAUGCGCGGAGUACGCGGUAAUAUGGUGCCAGCAAAUCUCCAGAAAUCUGUUCUCCAGAAUCCCCAGAAUAUGACUCCGCAACAAAUCGCUCAAUUGCGAAACCAGCAGGCUCAGAUGAUGCACCACCAGAUGCAGCGCGAACACUCUGACAUGGAGAUGAAUGGCCACCGCCCCCAAUCCCCUUCUUCUGUGGAAAACGCCCCAUCUCCCUCCAAGCGCCAGCGCAUUGACGGACCCCAAGUUAACGGCGCGCAGAUGACCCCCAACGGUCGCGCACAACCUCAGGGUAUGCCGGGCCAGCAGAACCAACAGCAGGCCAACUCUCUUCUGAUGCAGCAUGGCAUCAAUCCACGAAACCUCACUGCUGCACAACUCCAGUCUUUCCAGUCCCAGAACCCAAGUGUUCAAGCAAAGUCGAUUCAGGUCUAUAAUCAAAAUCUAAUUCACCAUACUCGAUCCGCAAUGAACAAUCAGGGCAUUCCUAAUGGCCUAAUCAACCCAGGAGUCAUGCCCAACCAACCAGACAUGAUGCAACCCAUGCAUGACAACCAAGGAAUGAUGCCGCAAGACUACUAUAGUAACGGCCAGAUGGCCGCCCAAAUGCGUCAAGGUGGUAUGCCGACUCCUGGGGCGCAGAAUGGAAACCACGCUCUCCAAGAUUAUCAGAUGCAACUCAUGUUGCUUGAGCAGCAGAAUAAGAAACGUCUUUUGAUCGCCCGCCAGGAGCAAGACAGCAUGGCUCGUGAUGGCCAACCACAACCAGGGCCAGCCCAACCCGGACAGCCAGGUGCUGGACAGCAGCAGCAGCAGCAGCAGCCAGGCCAAGGGAUGCAUAACAGUCUCCCUCCUGGAACGUCUCCUCAAGGAAGCCGUGCCGGUGCCUCACCAAACCCCAGCGAACAGAUGAAGCGCGGGACACCCAAGAUGCCCCAGACUGGCCUCCCUGGUUCUCCCAACGUUGGUGACGCUAUGCAAACAGGCCGUGGCUCGCCAGCCUCUAUGAACUUUGGCAAUCAAAUUCCCCAAGAUAUGGGUGGUGCGGCAUUCUUCAACACCAUGAAGAAUAUGCAGGAAGCUGGUGGUGUCGUUGGUCCUAACGGCAUGCGCCCACCUAGCUCCAAUCCAGCCUACUCUGGCGCACAAAUGACGCAGCCUAUGGAUGCCAUGGCACGUCAGCAACAGGCACAGGCCCAGGCACAAGCCCAAGCUGGGGCUCGCAUGCCAAGUGGUAAUUGGCAACAACCACAGCCUCCUCAGAGUCAACCAAUGAUCCCACCACAGCAGCAGCAACAGCCGCAGCAACAGCAACAACAGCCGCAGCCGCAGCAGCAAGGCCAGCCUGGGCAGCCUGUCGGAACCCCUCAAGAGCGAAAUGCUAUGCCCCCACCGCAGGCACCACCUGUAGCUACGGCUCCAAAUAAUGGGCGACAGUCACCGCAGCCUGGUAGCGCGGCUCCUCCCACACCGCAGCAGAGCUCAAAGCCGGCGCCGAAGAAGAAGGACACGAAGGAUAAUAAUCGAAAGCGCCCCGCCAAGCGCGUUCCGACCACCAAUGCGCCUUCAGCAGCAGCCACAGCUUCAGAGUCCGAACCUCCACCAACUCCAACUCCUUCUACCCCUAUCACCCCUGUCCAUCCAAGCUCGUUCAACAAGGCCGCUCCGGCAAACAAUGCUCAACCAACGUCUGCGCCCGCUACACAACCCCAGGCUGUGGGUCAACCACCACCCCCGCCACAACCGCCACAACAGCAGCAACAACAGCAGCCCCAACAACAACAGCAGCAGCAGCAGCAGCAGCAGCAGCAGCAAAUGUUGUCCAUGCAGCCGGCCCAGGGUCAACCACCUGCUGCGGCACAACCAGGUCAGGCACAGGGACAAGUAGACCCAUCACAGCCAUUUGGGGAUAUGAGUUUAACAGACAAUCAAAGCUUCAACCUGGAUUUCAGCUCUCUCGACAACCCAGAUAUUCUCGAAAAUUUCGACUUCGACACUUUCCUCAACACAGACGACCAAUCGGCAUUCAACUUCGAUCCUAAUACGCCAUACCUUGAUGGUGUGGAGGCUGGUACAGGAGAGAGGAUGUAA